GAGAAGAGAGUGUCUGUCGGUAUUUCACGAGGGACCCGAGUUCACAUGGGACCCACAUUCUUGAAACCGGUAAAAAAAACUCCCUCUCACAGUCUCACACCACCAGCCAAGCAUCUGUCUGUCCCUCCCUCAAAAAUCUUGCCAUGUGAUUUUAGCUCCCAUCCAAGUCUUGCUUGUAUUCUAGUAGUGUUUUAUAUGCAAGAAUCCAAACAUGAAGCUAUGUAACGACAAGUCCAACUGUAAAAUCAGCCACCCUUAGUUUUAACACCCUUUUUUGACACAUUCCUCCCUCGCUCUCCCUCUAUCUCUCUCUCUCGAUAAGAUUGUUUCUAAUAAUGGAUUCAAGAACUUUUCUUGAUCAUGCUCUCUUUCAACUCACACCCACUAGAACCAGGUGUGAUCUGGUGAUUUAUGCUGGUGGUGUGAAUGAGAGAUUGGCAUCUGGGCUUUUAGAACCUUUCCUUCAACACUUAAAAACUGCUAAAGAUCAGAUAUCAAAAGGAGGGUAUUCCAUUUCUCUUCGUCCUCUGUCUCCUAAUGCCUUCUGGUUCACUAAAGCCACUCUCCAAAGAUUUGUGAGGUUUGUCAGCUCACCAGAAGUUCUUGAGAGAUUUGUGACAAUAGAGACAGAAAUAGAGCAGAUUGAGAGUUCAGUUCAAUCAAAUGAGCUAUUAAAUGGAGAUGCAGAAGGUGCUGCUGGGAAUUACCAAAAGUCAACUGUCUCAUCUAAGUCCAAAGGAAAUCAAAAUGGAAGCAGUGAUGGUGUACAAGAAGAAAAUUCCAAGGUUCGUCUUCAACGUGCUUUGGAAACUAGGAAAGCUGUUCUUCACAAAGAGCAAGCAAUGGCAUAUGCCCGUGCCUUGGUCACUGGAUUUGAACCAGACUUUAUAAAUGAUCUUAUCUGCUUUGCUGAUGCUUUUGGAGCUUCACGUUUAAGGGAAGCAUGCAUAAAUUUCAUGGAACUAUGCAAGAAGAAGAAUCAAGAUCGGCUUUGGAUGGAUGAAAUAGCAGCAAUGCAGGCAUCGCAGCUGGAAUUGCCUUAUCUGGGAACUUCUGGUAUUGUACUUUCCGUUGAGGAAAAUUACCCUGGUCAAAUUGGUGGUCUCUCUGGUGGGAAGCAGAAUAGUUCAAUGGAUGCAUCAGACUCGGCUACAAGUCCUGGAAGUUUAGAACAAAACCCAGAUAGUGGUUUUCCACCAUCAGCUCAGAUGCAAUCAACUGAUGGGAAAGCUCAUAUGCCAAUGCCAUGGCCAAACCAUCAUCCUCAGUUCAUGCACAAUUUUCAAGGUCCUGGAUUUCAACAAAUGCCCCCGUAUCAAGGCUACCUUUUUCCUGGUAUGCGGGUUGGGUCUCCAUAUUUUCCAGGGAACAUGCAAUGGCCUCCAAAUGUUGAUGAUUCUAGCCUUGGUCGAGAUUGGGAAACUGAUGAUCGUGAAAAUCGUAAAUCAUCCUCCAGGAGCAAGAAGAAGUCUUCUCAUCGAAAAGAACGGCAAGCUUCUAGUCAAGAUCAAUCCACUGAGCCCAGUGAUUCCAGCUCAGAGACUGAAUCAGAUGAACAUCUGCAAAGUGACAAAAAGAGGUCUUUGGUGGAUAAGAUGCACAGGAAAAGGCAUGGGAAGAAGUCCUCAAGAAAGGUUGUCAUUCGCAACAUCAAUUACAUUACUUCAAUGAAGGAUGGAGAAAAGGGCAGCAUAUCUGACUGCACAUCUGAUGAGGAUGAAUUUAUUGAUGGAGAAUCUCUCAAGCAGCAAGUACAGGAAGCUGUUGGUUCGUUGGAGAGACGGCAUAAAUCAACCUCUCGGCAACACAAGAAAUCACAGCGCAGCACUAUAGAUGGUUCAAAUGAUGCUAUUGAUCAGGAAGGCAAGAAUAUAAUGGCAAAUAAUCUUGAUGGAGAAAAAGGAAAGGACCAUUGGGGUGCCUUUCAGAGCCUUCUCAUGCAAGAAAGAGAGCCGAACUCUUUCGGAAUUGAACCUGAUCCUCCACAGAUUCAGAGAGAUGACAUUACAGCUAAGAGCUAUGAGGAGGGAAGGUCAUUGGAGUUUAACCUGGGAUCUGAGGGAAUAAGGAAGCAGCGAGCAUUAUCAGAUGAUUCAUUCAUCGCAACAAAGAGGGAGUCUGGUAAUGAAGGUGAAUCUCGUAUUGAAAACUUUGAAGCUGGUGCAAAUGCCCACCCAAUGAUAAAGAAAAGGGAUAGCACAUAUGAGGAGUUGUUAUUUUCUCAAAGAGCUGGAGAAUCGGGGAACUAUCCUAUCAUUGCUGAUUACUCCACUGAAUCUCCAAUACCCAAAAGUAAAAAAGAAGGGGAUUGGUUUAUUAGCAGCCAACUGGACAGGUCAGUAAACAUGGAUGAUCACAGAGACCAUAAAGCAUUCAGUUGUGAUUAUGAUUCAUCAUUAACUGGUGAGCAUUUCCAAACUGAGAAAAAUAAGAAAGAUGUAUUAGUGGAUGACUCAUUCAUGAUCCAAGCUCGACCUUUAGUAGAUGAUCAGUCUGAUUCACUAUUACGAACAGACAUAAGCAUUGCUCCAGAUGUAGUUGAAGCUACUCAAUAUGAGAAUGGUAGAACAGAGAUUUCGCUUGAUAAAUCUAAGGUAUUUGAUGUCCAUGAACCAGAUGACCUUUACAUGGUGCUUGGGCGGGAUUCAGUUGCUGAGCAUGCUCUAUCAUCCUGGACUCCAGAAAUGGAUUAUGAAACAAAUGCUGUUCAGGAUAAGCUUCCUUCUAACAGUAUGGACACCAAUGGCAAAAAAAGUGGAAAUCCUGGUAAAAAAGUUGCUGGUAAAGAAGCCAGGUCAAAAGUUCCUAAUGGAUCUCUUGGUAGGAGCAAAUCUGACAUCAUGUCAAGGACGAAGAAACCAACUUCAGCAAGCAGAACCACACUUCUGAAGAGCAAAUCUGAGAAGGAAGAAGAAAACAGGAAGAGAAUGGAGGAAUUAUCAAUUGAACGUCAGAAGAGAAUUGCAGAAAGGAGUUCUGGUGGCAGUGGUCCAGCGACAUCUAAGAGAAUCCCUGCAGGGAAAGUACCUACUGCUAUUUCUAUAAAGAAUGAGAAGCCUAAAACCCAAUCUCCAAGCCAAGAUACGAAGAAACCAGUCUUUAGGAGUUCCACUAUUGAUCGCCUUGCUACUGCUCGGGCAACCCCAAAGUUGUCAUCAACUGAAUCAAAAGCUGCCCAACCCAAAAAGGCAACCUUGAAGGCAAAUGUUUUAUCACAAAAGGCUGCUGGUGCUGGAAAUACUAGUCCAAACACGGUCAAAUCUGACAUCAACCGAAAGAAGGAUGGAACAAUAGCCACAGCAGAGAAGCCUGUGGAUUUAAUACCGACACAAGCAUCUCAAUCUGCAGAAGGAAUUAAUGAUUUCAGAGAUAUCAAGGAGUUGCAGAGUGUUUCUUCCGCAAAAAAUAAGGCAGGAAAUAUGAUUUCAGGAGAUAGCUUAGAUGAUAAAGGCUGCAAUGGUGAUUCUCUCCACAAAGACUCAUCUGCAGGUGACGAGGGAUUCUCUAAAGUAGCUCCAGUUGUUUGUGAAUACAUAGAAACACCUGGUGAUCAUGGUGAGUACACAUCUGAAACAACAAUACAUCAUGUGCCAGAGUCACCAAAUAAGGCUCUGAACCUAUGCGCUGUCAAUAUCAGAGAAAAUGGUGGAUUCAGUGAAAUUUUGGAGUUACCUGAGAAAUCUGAAAUAGAAAUAUCGACCCCACCACCUGAUGAAAUAAACCCAGAACCAAUCCACUCCAGGAAGAAAUGGAACAGUGAUGAGAACUCUCCUAAAGCUGCAAAAGGUUUUAGAAAGCUUCUUUUGUUUGGAAGGAAAGGCCGAGCCACUGCUGCAAACUGAUCCCACAGGACAAGUGGUUGGACUUGUGAACAAGUGUUGGAUGAUGCAGCAUAACUGUUGACUUAAACCACGUACCCUCCCCAGCCAACAGCUACCCACCUCCCAAAAACAACAGAAGCGAGACCAGGAAUUAGCUCUCAUACAUAAUAAGGCCUUUGGUGUUGCUGCCAUACGAGUAUAUUUUGUAAUUUAUCAGGUUUGAGAAUUGCUAGGUUGAGGGUGUAAAGAGUUAUUCUUUUAUUUGGUGUGUGUUUUGGGUCUGUAUAUCAUACAGGAAAUAGUUUUUCAAACUCUUGUAAUAUUCAUUCAAAUUUCUGCUUGUAUGUAAAACCCAGAACUCCUUGGUGCUGCUUGAGUAUUUGUUGCAAAGCCUUCAUUUUUAUUUUUUU